AUGAGCCUUCCACCUGCUACCUCUCGCGCUGCCCUUCCGUUCACGCAGCGCCUCCUCGGCGCCGAAAACUUCGACAAUUCGUUCUUUGAAUACACUUCCGUCAUCCUUGCCGGUGAGGAUCUCACCGAGAUGGCGACUAACUCCUACAAGGUACUCCUCAACGAUUGCAAGUGCAUUCGCCUGCACCAAGCCGAAGCGGUAGCACUGCCUGAGGGCUCACCGCCGCUCCCACCACUCACGAUCGACGCCCAUCUACAACCGCUCGACGGACGAGGCGAUGAAUUGAUCAAGUUGGAGAAGACGGCCAUCUCGCGCUCAUGCGCGCUGGUCUACGCCUCCUUGUCACCAACAGUCCAGCGCGAUGCCGCUGCCGAGAUUCGCGACGAAUGUGCUCAUUGCAUUAUUUCGUCGCUUCGGUGGAAGUUCUCCAGCGACGAACAAUAA